AUGCUCUCUCUGCGAACCAGUCGCAGAUUUUGUCAUGCCGCCAUUGCCGUAACUUCGAAUGGUUGUCCUGCAGCUGUGUCAAAUCACGUUUUUGAUACAAAACCUUUGGAAGAACCUGCCCUCGUUAAGCUUAAAGCCGAGAGAGACCCCGAAAAGCUAUUCCACCUGUUUAAGGCCAACGCUCACAAUACGCUUGUCAUUGAGAACCGAUUUGCAUUCGAAGAUACGGUGUCUAGGCUAGCUGGAGCUCGAAGGUUUGAUUACAUUGAACAUUUGCUUGAGCAUCAGAAGACUCUUCCUCAAGGUCGGCGAGAAGGGUUCAUUAUGAGGAUUAUAACAUUGUAUGGUAAGGCUGGGAUGACUAAGCAUGCUAUUGAUACUUUUUGUGAUAUGCAUUUAUAUGGUUGUUGUAGGACUGUUAAAUCCUUCAACGCUGCACUCAAAGUUUUGACACAAACCCAUGAUUUAGGAGCCAUUGAGGCAUUUCUGAACGAGGUUCCACAGAAGUUUGACAUUGAAGUGGACGUAUUUUCAGUUAAUAUUCUUAUCAAGGCUUUUUGUGAAAUGGGAAUUUUGGUUAAAGCAUAUCGGAUCAUGGUAGAGAUGGAAAAGUUGGGAAUAAGACCAGAUGUCAUUACAUAUACCACACUGAUGUCAGCAUUUUAUAAGGAAAACUGGUGCGAGAUUGGUAAUGGUUUGUGGAAUCUUAUGGUGCUGAAGAGGUGUUUGCCUAAUCUUGCAACUUUCAAUGUUAGAAUCCAGUAUUUGGUUAACAGAAGACGAGCAUGGGAAGCUAACAAAUUGAUGGGUUUGAUGCAGAAUGUUGGGAUAACACCUGAUGAGGUCACAUAUAAUUUGGUGAUCAAAGGGUUUUUCCAGGCCGGGUAUCUUGAAAUGGCCAAAAGGGUGUAUUCUGCUCUACAUGGAAAGGGAUACAAGCCAAAUAUCAAAAUUUAUCAGACCAUGAUUCAUUAUCUUUGUAAAGGAGGGGAUUUUGAUUUGGCAUAUACUAUGUGUAAAGACUGCAUGCAAAAGAAUUGGUAUCCGAAUGUGGAUACCAUUCAUACAUUGCUUGAAGGCCUAAAGAGGGGCAAGCAGCUUGGUAAGGCUAAGGCAAGCAUGAUGUUGGUUCGGAAAAGGGUGCCUCCAUUUUCUUCAAAACAAUUGGGGGAUUUACAAACCAUACUGAACAAGAGUUGA